AUGGUCGACAAAGGAAAUGAAAAUGUUGAAAUUGAGGAUGAUGAACUUUUGGGAGAAGCUGAUAAUGUGAUAAUAAGAGAGGAUAUGAACACAUUGGAUGAUGAAUUGUUAGGAGAAGAUGGUCCAUUUGUGCCUAAGGUUGGGAUGAAGUUCAAUAAUGAAAAUGCAGUAUUCAAUUUUUACAAAUCAUAUGCUUAUGAGAUAGGCUUCCCAGUUAGGAAAAGGAACUCAAAGAAGGGUGACGAUGGGGUUGUAAAGUUGUAUCGAUGCAAUCGAGAACUUAGUGCACAUGUGAAACGUAGGCUUGAAGUAAAUGAUGUUGCUGGGAUUCCAUUGUACAAAAGUUUUAACUCAGCAGUUGUUGAGGCAGGGGGAUAUGACCAAAUGACUUGCGUCGAAAAAGAUUGUAGAAAUUACAUUGAAAAAGUCAGGCGGUUAAGACUCGGGGAAGGAGAUGCUGUUGCAAUACAAGCAUACUUCUUGAGAAUGCAAAUUCAAUGCCCUGGUUUUUAUUUCAGUAUUGAUUUAGAUGAUGAGGCUCGAUUGAAGAACGUGUUCUGGGCAGAUAAUAGGUGCAGGGAAGCCUAUAAGGAGUUUGGCAAUGUAGUCACAUUUGAUACCACAUAUCUUACGAAUAAGUAUGACAUGCCGUUCGCCCCUUUUGUUGGUGUUAAUCAUCAUGGCCAAUCGACACUGCUUGGAUGUGGUUUAGUGUCAAACGAGGACACUGAGACUUUUGUUUGGCUCUUUAAGACAUGGCUCCAGUGCAUGCAUGGUCAAGCUCCCACUGGCAUAAUAGCAGACCAAGAUAGGGCAAUGCAAAAUGCAAUUCAGAUAGUUUUUCCAAACACUAAGCAUAGAUGGUGUUUGUGGCAUAUUCUUAAAAAGUUACCAGAAAAAUUUGGGAACCAUGUUCAUAAGGGUUCUAUACAUUCAGCAAUCCACGAUGUAGUCUAUGAAUCCCAAACUCCCGAAGAAUUUGAACAGGGCUAG